AUGUAUCACGAGAGAGAUGCAACUACGAGUUCUUCUAUGGUUGGCUGGGUUGGGACAAUGUCAGAUGGAAUUAAUGAUCACCGUAUACCUGAGUAUUGCUCGAGGAUCGGUUCUGCGGGAUAUCACUUUAUAAACUAUCCUGUCGGGGGAAUGAAAAGAGCAGUUUGGCGUCCAGAAAAAGGGAGUCAACCACCUUGUAUUGAUCUUCCUGAUCUUCAGCUUGGGCCACAGCUGUGGUCAACUUAUGUCAUAGGGAGAAUUUCGCCAUGGAUUGAUUGCGAUUCAUCUGAAAAGUGGCUUGCCGAUUUAUCGUGUAAUGAACUUGAGAAAGAGUUAAAUUAUGUUUGUUAUAUGCCAAUGCGUGUUGUAACUUUGGAGUUGAAGCAUCGUGAUUCUCCUCGCCUUGCAAAGAUCCUAACCAAAUGGGUAUGGACCAAGUCUAUGACUUUCAGUAUAUGGAUUUUUGUUCCGACUGAUGAAAAUUUGUUGCCGAUAUCUGGAAGAACGGAUUCCCGAGAUAUUUGGUCAGUUUGGGCGGAUUUCCGCACUUUGUGCACCAAUUAUCCGAUAAAUAAAAUGGCUGUCGGUUUACGCAUAUGUGCAGAUCUUGCUGAUGAAUUCCUAGCUCCUCGCUUGUAUAAAAGAUGGCAUGCGGAACCGCUUUGCUGUUUCUGGAUUGAUACGGAUGUUUUUACUGCCGGAUCAAGACCUAAGGAAGUAGCUGUUCCGCCUGCACAUUAUCGUCUUCUGACCGAUUUGUUUGUGUCGGUGACGCAGCGGCCUAUGAUAUUUCCAGUGGGCGAUGAAACCGUUAGUGAUCAGUUGAAAAGGCAGUUUGCGAAUGCCGUACGUUCCUUAUUCAAUGAAAAAGUAAUGCGUGCACAAAACGGACGUGGAGACGAGCAGGAAUCGAUCUUAUUUGAAUAUCUUGGUCAUCCAGAGUAUAUUGAUACUCUCCAGGUUCCUCUGCAACCACUAGCAGACAAUCUUGACUCUGGAACUUAUACAACUUUUGAGGAAGAUAGCGUUAAAUAUGAGAUUUAUCGAGAGGCAGUUCUUAAGGCAUUUCCUGAUGUCGUGAAAAUCGUUGGUGAUUCUCGUGAAGUUGUGGUAAUGCUUCUCGGAGCUGGUAGAGGGCCCCUAAUGCAAAUUCUUAUUGAAUGCGAGCAAAAAUUCAACGAGAAAUCUCACUCGCUCGCUGACUACGUAAAGUUUAAAUUUAUUGCAGUCGAGAAGAACGACAAUGCUGUAGUGACUCUCAAUUAUCGCAACCUUUUGCACUGGAAUCGGAAAGUUACGAUAGUUGCCUCUGACAUGCGUCGAUUGACUGAGAAGGUGAAGGCUGGUGAGCUUCCACAACCUGAUCUUAUCGUUUCUGAGCUACUUGGUUCUUUCGGCGACAACGAGUUGUCUCCUGAGUGUCUUGAUGGCGUGACGGAUAUCCUUCGUCCAACCACAGUUAGCAUACCUUCUUCGUACACGAGCUACUUGGCUCCGAUCCAGUCUGUUCGUAUGCAUCAAAAAGUUCGAUCUUGCACCGGCUCUAACGUUUUUAACAAGGGGCUUCCAGGCCGUGGACGGCUUUUGCCUGUACUAAAACCUGACGGCUCUUACUCAAUACCGCAACAGGAAGAAGCUUCUCCGCUUGAUGAAUUAUAUGUUGUCCACUUACGUUCCAUUUGUGUUUUGGACACUCCUAAGCCGGUUUUCUCAUUCCAUCAUCCGAACUUCUCUAGAAUUCCUAACACUAGAGAAGCUGAUAUAAAUUUUAAUGUUGAUAUGCAAGCAGAGCUUAUGGGCUUCGCUGGGUAUUUUUCCGCUAACCUCUAUAGUGAUGUGAAUUUGAGUAUUGUUCCAGAAACUCAUUCCAAAUCCAUGAUUAGUUGGUUUCCAGCCCUGAUUCCAUUGCAAGAAUUGAUAAGACUUCAGCCUGAAGCAGAAGUCACUUUACACAUUGAGCGAAAAGUUGAUACAGAGGGAGUCUGGUACGAGUGGUUUGUAGUGUACAAGGACCAUGCGUUGGCAGAACCAAAGCGUACCUUACUGCAGAAUAAAAAUGGGAUAAGCUACUUCAUGCGGCUUUGA